AUGCAGCAUUUAGUGCCACUGCCCAUGGAAAAGCUACCUCCCUGGAAAAGCCAGCACUGGCCUGCCACUCCCAUUGGCAAUAGUGGGGCUGCAGUUGGCCUGCUGCUGCCUGAACAUCUGACACUCCAGCAGGAGCUAGCAGUUCGGUGGAGGAACCACCAGAAGCAGGAGGACUCCACCUUUUUGCAGCCUCCAGUCUGGCACAACUGCCUCCCCUUGGCAAAAUGUGAUGAGAGCAUGGCUGGUAAUCAAUUAAUUAAUUGUAGAAACCAUAUUUUGGAAUUUAAGGAGAAAAUUCUACGUUUAAAAAAUAAAACUGAAAGAAAUCGCCAAGAGCUGAUCAAUGCCUUGAGUAAAAUGAAGUAUGAAAUGACACAGAGAGAAAAUACGUCCACAGACUUAGUUGAGAAGAAAAUGAAUACAUUGGGUAAGGAUGACACAGUGUCUAAUAAUACAUUUGAAGUCCUAAAGUUCUUUUUCCCUCAUCUAAGGAAAGUGGGCAGAAUUUAUCCUGAUGUAAUCAUUGGCAAAGAGAAAACAGGUGUCUCUUUUGCGCUGGGUAUUUCCACUGUUAGCAGAGGAAAUCAAAGUUACCUGAAGCAAACCCUGAAUUCUGUUGUCUCCAGGAUGACUCUCUCAGAAGAGAAGGACUCUGUGGUGAUUGUCUCGGUGGCAGAUAGAAAUGAAGAUUAUUUAAAAUCUGUUGUGGACAUGAUUACAAAAAGAUUCAAAAGGCAGCUGAAGUCUGGAUCCUUGGAAGUCAUUUCAAUACCUGCCUUUUUUUAUCCAAACAUGUUACAUGUCAAGCAGUCAACUGAGGACUCAGGAAAAUUAGAGAGUUGGCGCAUCAAACAAGUACUGGAUUUUUGUUUUUUGAUGCUUUAUGCGCAACCAAAGGCCAUGUAUUAUUUACAGCUAGAAGAUGAUAUCAUAGCUAAAAAGAUGUACUUUACAAAAAUCACAGAUUUUGUGCAUAAUAUCACUUCAAAUAAUUGGUUUUAUAUUGAGUUUUCAAUUCUUGGAUUCAUAGGAAAGCUAUUUAAAUCUGAGGACUUAACUGACUUUGUGCGUUUUUUUUUAAUGUUCUACAAAGAUAAACCCAUAGAUUUGCUUUUGGGGGACAUUUUUCAGGUAAAGAUGUGUAACCCAGGAGAGACUCCUGAAAAAUGUGCAGAACGAAAUAAGCAAAUUCGUAUUCGAUAUAAACCUUCUCUUUUCCAGCAUGUGGGUAUACAGUCAUCAUUCCCUGGAAGAGAACAAUAUUCCAAAGCCAAAGGCUAUAUUUCCAAAUACACUGAGGAUUUAGGCUUCAACAUACGAAUUUGA